UAUUUAAAAUUGAUAUUACCGCCAAAAUGGUAAAGACGUAAAGUUUCAUGAAAUGUCGACUGGAGGACGAGUGUGAAUGUUACAUCGCUGAAAAUAUUCUAUUAUUGUUAUGGGGGAAUUUAAAAUCCACCACGCCGUCAGCGAGUUAAUUGAUUCUUUGGGGCUUACAGAUUUGGUUGCACCUGAAAAGUUUGUGAAAAACUUAGUAACAUCUCCUUCCCAAGUGCAAAUAUCAAACACGAGAGAAAUCGUCCAGUCUUUAGCUGCCGUGAGCUCAAAUCCGGCUGAAAUAAUCAGCAAAUAUGAAGAGCUUCGAGACAAAAAUUAUGCUGAGCUGGAUCCAUUUGUCUUGAUACUCUCAAAAAUGAAAGAGUCAAAGACCGUGAUUCGUUCAGUUAGGGCUGGUUUGCCAAAAGAAUCAGCAAAAAACUAUUGUACCAGCACCGAUAGCAACCAAGGAUCUGGUCCAUCAACAUCUACACCAAUAGUGGUUGGGGGUGUGAAAUUAAAAGAAUUGAAAAGCAGGUUGCAAACUGCAAGUGAAGGCUCCGUAGGUCAUCCAGUUAUAGAACUAGCAGAAAAGAGAUGCACAACCAAGGAAAUCAUUCAAAAGAAUCCUAAAUGGUUUCUCUCCAGACCUUUCCUGUCUUGGGACUAUCCCGUCGCUGGGUUAUUAGAUUCCCAGUUACUACAAAUAGCUCCUUUGGGGAAUGUGCCUGUAGGAGAUCAAGAAAGAAUUCUUCUAGAGGAGCUUUUAUACGUCCUUAGUGGGUUUGAUGGAGACUACAUACGGGCACUCCCCUUGUCAUCAAAUAUCGACGAGAGAAAAUUCGAAAUUGAUGAAAGUGUUGACGAUUCCUUAAAGGAAAUGGUUCGACGAUUUUUUCCUAUCUUAGCCUCUUAUUCAAUAAUUGAGCGCUUUUACGAAAGCCGUUCUGGAUUUGAUUUCGGAAUGGUAAAUGAUGCCCUGGCAUCGGCAAUUGGCAAUUUAGUUCAUGAAUAUCGAAUAUUUGUCUGUCAAUUGGAAAGCUUACUGCUUAAGUCAGAGUUAAGUCUACAAAAAGCUUGGUACCUUCUUCAGCCCAAUGUUGCAACAUUACAUCAGUUGCAUCAUGUGACAUUGUCUUUGAUGAGAGCUAAAGCUCAAGGUGGCCAAGUAUUGUCUGUAUUACAUCAACAGACAAUGGAAGCCAUGGGGAAUGAUAAGCAACAGAAACUUUUGCUUUCCCUCACUCGUUCUGCAGCCCAACCUUAUUGGGAGAUUUUACAGAAAUGGAUCUACCAAGGUUCAGUUGAAGACCCAUACCUAGAAUUUAUGGUUGAAGACCAUCAAGUAGUUUCAAUGGACAAGCUGUCCCCAACAGCGUACAGCGAUGACUAUUGGGAGAAACGUUAUACAUUACGGCGCGAUCGAGUACCCUCGUUUCUCCUCCCGCUUACUGACCAAAUACUUCGCACAGGAAAAUAUCUCAACGUCAUCAAACAGUGUGGAAUGAAAGUUAAACCACCAAAAGUUGAUGAUUUGUGUUAUACCCUCGAUGGAUCCGGCUACAAAGAAGCAAUUGAAAAGGCUUACAGCUACGCCUCAGAGACCUUGUUGCAUGUUCUCAUGCAGGAUUAUGAUCUUCUCGGUCGGCUCAAGUCCGUGAAAUAUUACUUUUUCCUGAACGCGGGAGAUUUUAUCCUGCACUUCCUCUCGCUGUGUGGAGCAGAAUUGGUAAAGAACGUUGACGAUGUAAUGCCAAGCAGAUUGGAAUCAUUGCUUGAAUUGGCACUUCGGACUUCGACAGCCAAUGCUGAUCCUUUCAAAGACGACCUCGGUCUUGAAUUACUCUCCUACGACCUGACUACCCAGAUGGUUCGCAUUCUUUCUAUACAAACCCAUGAAGAACGCGUGGAAGGAAACCACUCAAUGGAUCAUGUACGGUUGACCGGAUUGGAAGCCUUCUCCUUUAUGUAUCGUGUCCGGUGGCCCGUUUCACUUGUAUUCACAACCAAAGUCAUGGCGUGCUAUCAGAUGAUUUUCCGUCACCUUUUUCUGACUAAAUAUGUGGAAAAUCUCCUGGGGCGGGUUUGGAUUUCCCACAAAAUUGUGCGCAACUACUCCUUCCCGACUAGCCUGUGGUACAACAAUGCAUUCGCUCUUCGACAUCGCAUGCUGCAUUUCAUUCAAAAUUUGCUGUAUUACAUUACAGUUGAAGUUCUUGAGCCCUCCUGGCAAGUUUUUGUUGAAAAAAUCAGAAAAGUGGACAACGUAGAUCAGGUCAUCUCAACUCAUAUGGAACUUCUGAACAUCUGCAUGAAAGAGUCUAUGUUAACAGACCCUGCUCUUCUGCAAACAGCAACCAAGCUGAUUAAACUCUGUGAAGCAUUUGCUCAUUUUAUUCUUAAAAUGCAUCGCCAUGCUAAAGAAGCUGAAAUGGGAUUGAGCAGCCUUGCAAAUGUAACGUCUCUGAGUGAAGUGCUUCUUAUUUCUCCUGGGGACGUAUUCCUUCCAGAAAACAGUGAUACAUUCGACCAAAACGUUGCACGCAUGGAGUUACAAUUUACCACGCUGCUCGCCGACUUAUUGCACAGGAUUGCCGAAAUGGGCCAUGAAAGCUAUGAUUCUCAUAUGUUAACCUUAUUGAACCGGUUGGAUUUUAACAACUAUUAUACAGAGAAGGUGAUUCAGUUCACCUUGAAAUCGAACCAAACGGAUGAGACAAUUUCCGGAUAGGGUAUACCAGAGAUAAAGCUUCUUUCUUCCCUGAUGCAUAGCUUGUUUACAAGCGAUGAGUUCUCAUGAGAUCAAUAAAAUUCCCAGGUAUUCUACUAAAA